AUGGCAACCCCAGUGGAAAUGCCGCCUUUCCUGCGACUCCUUAGACGGCAAGUGGUCUGCCUUCAGAUCGGUGCUCCCAACUCCCAGCUCCAGUUCGUGUUGCGUCAUCCGCUUUUGGGGCGCUCUCCAAGUUGCAUCGACGAGAAUUGCAGUUUCACUGCAGCCAAGAUACUUCACAAAUUGUCAAGAUCUGUCCGUUCGUCCACCUGUCCUCCGGUCCGCCAGUCCACUGUCCGCCGCUGGAGAGCACGAGUGCGUGGUCUGCCGUCGAGCAGUAUAAAAGUAACGCAAUGCACGCAAUCCACUUACAGUUGCAAUUCUCCCUCCAAGCCAAGUGAUUCGUUAUCCAUCGCUAGCAUGAAACUUCUGAUCCUCACCACUCUGCUGGCUGCCGCCAAUGCAGCACCUGGACUUCUAGACUAUGGAAUUGGACACUCGGCUCCGGACUACAGCUACGCACAUGCUGCUCCUGCCAUCACAUAUGCAGCUGCUGCUCCAGUGAUCAAGUCAUAUGCUGCUCCCGCCAUCACUUAUGCUGCUCCAGCUCCUGUGAUUAAGUCCUACGCUGCUCCAGCCAUUAGUUAUGCCCAUGCCGCUCCAGCCAUCAGCUAUGCCGCUCCCACGGUAGUCAAAUCCUAUGCUGCUCCAGUAGCUGUGGCUGCUCCGGUGGUCAAGGUGGCAGCUCCAGCCACCAGCUACUCGCACUUCAGCUCGGUUGUUUCCCAUGCCACGCCCAUUGUUAAGUCGUACGCUGCCCCCGCCAUCGCAUACGCUGCUCCAGCUCCUGUGAUCAAGUCCUAUGCCGCUCCAGCAAUUAGCUAUGCCCAUGCCGCGCCAGCCAUCAGCUACGCUGCUCCCACGGUGGUCAAGUCAUAUGCUGCCCCGGCCAUCAGCUAUGCAGCUCCGGCUCUGGUCAAAUCCUACUCUGCUCCGGCUCUGUCCCUGGGUGGAUACGGCUACCAUUAAGCUCUGAUACCAAACCACUCCAAAUCCAAAUUGAUUCUAAAUCGGAGAUGGAGCUAAUGAA